CGAUUUACACACAUUAGUCUCCAGCAUUCUCUACCUAAAUUUACAUCAUAAUUAUAUCGUAGUUUGGGCUGGCUAGCCGACGAACUAGCAACUCGUAGCUAGUAGUAGCUAACCUGCUAGUAAGUCAUUGCUAGUAGUAGCUAACUAGCUCGCUGACCCAGCGUGAGCUGUAGCUAGCCAGAAAGCUAACGUGAGUGCUAAGCUAAUAUAUAAUUCUGCGAUACAACCUCGAGACAAGUCGGGACGAGACCAGUCUCAGGGCUCACCAUACUCAAUGAGCGGACAGCGCAAUGUCAGAGCGCUCUGGGCAAACUGCAAAGGGGAAGGAUGGCAAAACCAAGUAUGCAUCUCUCAACCUGUUUGAAACCUACAAAGGAAAGAGCCUUGAAGCACAAAAGCCUGUUGUUCCCCCCCGCCAUGGCCUGCAGUCUCUUGGUAAAGUUGCCUCCGCGCGGCGCAUGCCCCCCCCUGCCAACCUGCCCAGUCUGAAGGCGGAGAACAAAGGCAACGACCCCAACGUCUCCCUCGUUCCCAGAGACGGCACAGGAUGGGCAAGCAAGCAGGAACCAGCAGACCCAAAGAGUACCGAUGUAUUGUCAGCACCGCAGCCGGAGUCGCAGCAGCCUGUGGUUUCACAGACGCCUGCAGAACCGACUCGUCCGAGAACCCCCCCAGCUCCAGAGGCUCCGGCCCCGGCUUCAGCCCAGGCCGCAGGGGCAAAGUCCUGGGCUCAGGCCAAUGUUACACUUGGAGCACAAGGAGAUGGUGGAAAGGGAUCAAACCAACAGUCGCCAUUCUCUCGCGAGGAAUUUCCCACCCUGCAGGCGGCUGGCGACCAGGACAGGGUUGGCAGAGAACAGGGCACUGCAGAUCAGUGGUAUGGGCCCGGACCAAGCCUCCGCCCCCCGAACGUUACAAGCUGGCGGGACGGUGGGGGCCGCGCCCUGGCGCCCGCCCUGGCGGGGGAGGGGGUAGCGGAGGGUGGUGCUGGAGGGGCCUUGGUGAUGGAGGGGGCGGCGGUCGGAGGGGUUGGCCAGGUUCCGCUUUCUCUCCAGCAGCAGCAGAAUCCCUCGUCCCACGUGCCACCUAGGAACCCGCCCGCGGGCAGCCCCUCCCUGCCCCUCCCUCAGCCGGCGGUGGGUCCCGGCUUCCCUGCCUACCGAGGGAUCAUGCCCCCCUUCAUGUACCCUCCCUACCUGCCCUUCCCGCCUCCCUACGGCCCCCAGGGGCCCUACAGGUUCCCCCCACCGGGAGAGGCAGCCCCCAGGUUCGCUCGUUCCCAGGGCGGCCCAGACGGGAGGCCCCAGGGUGGGCCACGUGGUGGGGGAGAGGUGGUGAAGCGUCCCUCCAUCCUGAAGCAGGAUGACCUGAAGGAGCUGGACGAGCUGGACCAUGAUGGAGACGAGGGCUGGGCAGGAGCUCACGAGGAGAUCGACUACUCGGCCAAGCUGAAGUUCAGCGACGACGAAGGGGAGGACGAGGGGGACGAGGAGAGGAGCGAGAGCAAGAACGGAGCGCGGGACCACCAGAGGCCCCAGGACGGCCCUCCUCCAGGCACCCGCUCGCGAGCCUCCGACAGCGGGGGCGACAGUCGCCGCACCCCUCCCACCACCGACGGCCCCCCGCCCCCCUCCAGCAAGCCAGGCUGGGCCGAGGAGGGGGGCAGCGGCUGGGGGGGCCAGGGAGGUGCCCCCACCUCCUACCAGGGACGUAGGCUUGGGCUGGGUGGUCCCCGGGAGCAGCCCUCCCCCCCACCAGGGCCUCUCCUCGGACAGGGGCCCUACUCCUACUACCGACAGGACCGCCCUCAUAACCAGGCUGGCCCAGUCGCAGGCUCCGGCCCUGCCGCCCUGCCCGCAGGGAAGUCCGCCCCUCCCCAGCAACAAGCCCCGCCCCAGGCCGGAGGCCCCACCCCUCCCCCCCAGGCAGGCCUGCUGGCUCCGCCCCCGGGCGAGGACGAGGACGAGACGUGGCGCCAGAGGAGGAAGCAGUCCUCCACGGAGAUCUCCGCCGCCGUGGAGCGAGCCCGCCGCCGCCGGGAGGAGGAGGAGCGCAGGAUGGAGGAGGAGAGGCGCGCGGCGUGCGCCGAGAAACUCAAGAGGCUGGACGAGAAGCAGCACCUGGGGGGCGGCAGCAAGCCCCCCAGCCUGGACGGCAGCUCCACCGCCGCCACGGCGGGCAGCCCCAGCCCCUCCCUGUCGGCCUCCUCCCCCAACAUCAGCCAGCCCCCGUCCCCCUGCGUGGACCCAGAGGAGCCCCCCUUGCUGUCCGUUCAGCCAGGAGCAGGGCCCGGCGGGGAUAGGCAGAGGGCGAACAGCAACAGCAGCUAUGACUCCAACACUGACACCCAGCCAUGUCCCCAGCCCCCAGUGCCCCAGCAACAGCAGCCCCUGUUGGAGGCCCCUAUCGCUGGGGAGUGCAAGGAAGAAGCCCCGGGUGGCACUCACCCACGUAGCGGAGGAGGAGGAGCAGGGGGAGGAGACCCAGUGAAGGGGGAGAGUAUUGGUGGAGGAGCUGGUCGCCAAGCCAGCGGGCUUCCUGCCCAGGGAUACUCCAAGUACCAGAAGUCCUUGCCCCCUCGCUUCCAGAGGCAGCAGCAGGAGCAGCUCCUGAAGCAGCAGCAGCAGUGGCAGCAGCAGCAGCACAGCCAGGUGAGCCAGCAGGGCCCGCUGCCUCCCCAGCCCCCGGCCCCCCAGGGGCCCUCCCCAGGCUCCACGCCCCAGCCCUGCCCCAAGCAGUCCCCCCUCUACCAGCCAGGCUCCAUGGGGCGCCCCCCACCGCUGGCCAUGAACUUUGACCCCCGCUGGAUGAUGAUGCCCUACAUGGACCCCCGUAUGAUGCAGGGCCGCCCCCCACCCAUGGACUACUACUCCACUAACAUGCACCCCUCAGGUAUGAUGGGGCGGGAGAGGUCUGAUUCAGGGGGCUCUGGUUCAGAUCCCUUCGACAGGCAGCAGCACCCUGGACACCCGCACCGCGGGACUCCCCCCAUAGACCCGAAGCUGGCCUGGGGCCCAGAGGUGUUCCCUGGGGGUGUGGAGGGUCGUGGACUCAGCUCCCCCCUCAGGCAGAAGCAGGAGGAUGAGGAUAUGAGCAAGGGGCCCAGGAGUGACACCCCUCCAGUGCGCAUGCGAGAAGGAGGCCCAGGGCCCAUCCAGCAGCCCAGCUCAGCCUCCGGCUCCUCCAACCAGACCCCACCCCCGGUGGGCAACCAGGUGGGCGGGCAGGGUGGCAGCCACCACCCCCAUCCCCACCAGUCCUUCAUGGGUGGCCGGGGCAACUACAGCAACUUUCCUGACAGUGGCACCCGGAUGCCUCCCCACCAGCAGCAAAGAGGCAGUGGGGGGGGCUUCAGCCACCAGGACGAGGGCCCCCCUAGGGGAGGAGGCCAGCAGGGCCAGAUCUGGGGCACCCCCCACUACGACCGCAACGGGCGCGCCGACCUCUCCCCCCUGGAGAGCAGCUCCCACCUUCACCACCACCACGGCCACCACCCCCACAACCCCUCCCACUUCCACCUCCAAACACACAAGCCCGAGAACGGCCGCGAGCCCAAGAAGGGGGACCCCUCCCCCCCGCUUCACCAGCCGUCCCUGUCCUCCUCCUGCUCCUCCUCCUCCUCUUCAUCCUCGGCCAGGGAGGAUGGCAGCGGCAAGGCGGCCCUGCAUCACCUGCCCACCCAGAGGGAGCACGAGACUCACGGCGGAAGUGGAGGCAGCGUGAAGCAGGACAAAACCACCCCCGGGCACGCUCACUCGUCCUCCCAGUCGUCCGCUCCACCCCCCUCCCAGCACCCGCUCCACCCCCAGGCCCAGCCCCAGCAGCAGGGCUCCCAGCAGCAGCAGCACCACCACGCCAAGCCCAGAGAGGGCCUGAGAGGACGGGAGCAGAAGACUGAGACCCAGUGGGGGCCGAGGCCCGGCUCCAGCAACACACCCGGGGCCUCUUCUCACAGCAGGAGGGCCAACGCCGCAGUGGGUGGGAGCGCCCGAGGGGAGGAUUCAGCCAAUCCCUCGUCCGACCACAAACCUUCCAGCCAGUCAGGGGGCAGCAAUGCCAACAAGAGGGCGGGGCCCAUUAAGAGGCCCGUGCUGAAGGAGAUGAAGAGGGAGGGCGGAGAGGGCGAAGGAGGAGAGAAGCCCAACGCGGGGGGAUCCGGGAAGGACAAAGAACCGGACAGCAGCCAGCCACCGUCGGCUAAGCAGGACGCCUCCUCAGGCCCACAAUCCUCUGCUCUGUCUGGUAAAGACGACGCGGCGCAGACCGCCAAGCCACGCAACGGCGGGAAGGACCGGCCCGCAGGAGGCGGAGGUCCAGGAAGAGGGCCCAAAGAUGGGGACAACCCUGCCCCCUCCUCUGGGUACUCUGGCCCCCCCUCCAGGAGGGAGAGGGAGCGUUCCUUCGAGAGGGGCGGGGCGGCGUCCUACUCCGCCAGGGGCAGCCGAGCCAGCCGGGGACGCGGGGGCGAGUUUUACGGCCGUGGGCGAGGUUACCGCGGGACGUAUGCGGCCGGCGCGCCCGGCGGGAGCGUCAGCACCCGAGGCAGGGGCGGCGGCCGUAGCAGCCGGGACUACCGGCCCUCCGUGGGUACCGGCUACCACCAGGAGUUCAAAGGUGAGACUUCGGGGGGGCGGCACGGCCAGGAGAGGUCGCAGCCCAACCUGGCGCGCGCCAGGAACCGCAGCGAGACGCGCAGCGAGGGCUCCGAGUACGAAGAGAUCCCCAAAAGGAGGAGGCAGAGGGGCUCGGAGACGGGCAGCGAGAGUGCAGCCAGCGACCUCGCCCAGUCUGACAAGGAGGACCGCAAGCCCAGCACCAAGAACGGCUCCGACGGUAUCCCCGGUGGCGGCGGCCCAGCCAGAGGCUCCCAGGCCAGGGUGUUCACCCCCAGGGGAGUGCCCUCCAGGAGGGGCCGGGGCGGAGGUGGUGGAGGAGGAGGGAUCUAUAGGAGCGGGGGAGGGGGAGGAGGUAUGGCCGGCGCUCACAGGUCAGGGUCAGGCUCCGCCUCCCAGGGCUGGUCCUCGAAGCCGUCGGCCUCUGUGCGAAAGCAGCAGGCACCAUCUCAGUCGUCCGCCCCCAAGGAGCCGGGCCGAGGGAGUAGCGGGGACAAGAAGGAGAAGGCAGCUGAUGGUAGCCAGGCCCAGAGCCAGGGAGCCAACCCUCCACAGUCCCAGUCCGCCCCUGCUGCCACUGCUCCAGCCCCACAGGGCUCCGCUGAGAACGGGGGCAUCGGGACCCAGCAGUCCUCAACCAACUCGACCUCUACUUCCAGCGGCCCCCUUCCGCUUCCUCUGUCGGGCUCAGAGGGGCGUGGGUUUCCUCCUAGGGGCUUUGAGCGCCCGCCUCGUCGCCGGCGCCACGGCCGCUCCCAGCAUCAGCAGGAUAAGCCGCCGCGCUUCCGCCGGCUGAAGGAACGAGAGAACGCCGCUCGCAUCAACGGGGGCGUUGGGGUCAUUGGUGGAGGGAGACCCUCCUCACCUUCCCAGAAUUCUGUUCAGGAUACAGACUGUGUCCCCAACACAGCUCCCACAACUGGGAACGCCCAGAACGCUAACCACAACGCCACAACGACUACAAACAACAACAGCGCCAGUGGCCAUCUUGGCAGUGCUAAUGUGAAUUUGAACAGCCAUCACCACCAUCACUACAACCAGGGCAAUGCUGGACAGUCUCAAUCUCAGCACCACCACAACCAUAAUCCUGUAGGGGGCGCCAAAUCCCCGGACUUCUCCAACCAUAACUCGGACCAGGCCAACGAAGAGUGGGAGACGGCCUCGGAGAGCAGCGACUUCACCGAGUUCCGAGAGAGAGAGGCAGGAGGAGGGAAGUCGUACUCUUCUCACCAUCACCACCACCCAACAGGCAGAGGAGGGGGAGGGGGCGUUGGCGAACGAGAGAUGACGGCGAAGGAGUCUGCGGCGAACAAGAGAAGCUUCUCUAGCCAGCGCCCUGGGAUGGAGCGUCAGAACCGCAGGGUGAACACAGGAGGAGGAGGUGGAGGAGGAGGAGGUGGUGGAGGAAGGGGUCCGCGAGGCCCGCCUGGUGGGGGCGGAGGAGGAGGAGCAGGCAACGGAGGAGGCAACCGGGGAGAGAGGCGUGGCAACUGGCCUUCCCCCAAGAACAGGAAGUGAUGGAAGAUCUGGAAACAUUUAGCAUCCAACCCAACCCCCAACUUCUUUUAACGUUUUGUUUAUCAUCUUUCAUCUCUUAUCUCAUACCCUCCUAACCAUUAGCACGUUAUUGUAGGACACCUAGUGAGGUGUACACAUUCACGUUAGCCCCCCCACUCCCCCCCUCCUAUCUGCUGUCUACCGUCCGUUUAUGUAAACCCUUUCUUUGCUCCGUUAGCCUCCUCCAUUCAGUCACCCCCACCCCCUACAUCUCACUCCUAGAUUCUGCAGGCACCAGGGUUUCUUUGAACCUUUUUUCGGGACUGACAGCAUUUGAGAACACGUACGCAUUUACAUCUACAAGCACAAAAUGACGUAGACAUCCACCAGUCAACGUUUUUGCAGACAGUGUGACAUGAAAAUUUGUUGGUUGAAUUGGCAAACUAAGAGAUGGCAGAUUUUUAUAUUUGUGUGUGUGUGUGUGUGUGUGUACCACGCUUUGGGCUGGGGUGGUAUCAGGUGGGCUGUUCUGCAGCAGCUUGCUCCUGUGGCUGGUUAGGAGUGCAGGUUCUUUCAAUGAGAACAAUUGUACCAUACUAUAUAUUUUUCUUUCUUUCCUUGCUGUUUUUUUCUUUUCUUUUUUUCUCAUUUGUCUGUUUUGGUUCAGCCUCCUUCCCUUAUAAAAAAGUUAGGGGUGUGUAUUUUUUUUUCUUCUGCAACGCAGGUCAUUAAAAUCCCUUUUUAUACAAUCUCCCCACCUCCCUCUGAGUUUUUUGCUCCUGACAAGAAGUACAUCUGAUUACUGUGACAAGAUCCUUUUGAAGUACUACUGCUCACUCACUCAUCAAUCUCAUCUCUAUCAAUGUCUUUGCUGCUUGUUCAGAAAUAGACCGUGUGAUUCUUAUUUUCCAUUUUGUUGACUAGACUUCCUCUGCUAAGUCUUUUUGUUGCGUUGGGUCCUGUUAUACAAAGUCUCUCUUAGCCUCAUCGUAGCAUCCUCUCAACCUGCAGCAGGAUCCUCACACUGCAAAUGGAGAGGUUCUUUCCCCUGAAAGACAUGUUUUCCCUCUUGUUCACUUUCAAGUUUGUUGUUUACCCUUAUCAAGACUGAAUUGAUAGCUUGAAUGCUUUAUUUUAAAAACCAUUGCCUCUUUUGACUACCAUUUCAAAGUUUUUUUUUCCCCCCACCAAUUGAAGCAAAAUAAGUUUGAUAUGAUGUCAUGGCGAAAGAAGUAAAUACAAAAGGUUUGGCUUAACUAUUUACUGUUUAGGAAAUGUUUUAUUGCUUCGGUAGAGAAGUGUCCACUUUAAGCACUCCUAUAUAGUAUAAAGACCUGGUUGGUGUUUGUUUAUUUAAUGAGCCAAGUUACACACGAUGCAGCAGCAGAAUCUGCUGCCUGAGUGUUGUACUUCUGUUGUACUAUUCGAUCUGCUCUGCUGUUCCACUAGCAGGAAUGUUCACUUCUCAGACACAUCCACAUUGUGCUGUGUGUGACUCCUCAGAGAAAGAGGGACAGGCAAGCUCCACAUUUGGGGGAAGUAUUUUCAAAGCGCACAUUACUUCAAGAUGACCGUUUAAGUGAGGAGUCGACACAAAAGCUCUCUAUUGAACUGAAUACUGAACUUGGAAGGAGGGGUGGCAUAGAGGAGCUAAUGGGGCCACCCACCCAACAUGAACCAUAUUUCCAAACAUCAUCUGCAAGGAACAAAAGCUAUCCAAGAGUAUUACAGGAAAUCCUUUUGUAUCCAAGCUUGAUGCACACAGGUGUUGUCACACACAACUCACAAGAUGGCACACCGCUUGAUUUGAGAUAGUGACAGGACAACAUCAGUUGAACUAGAUCAAUUUUAAAUGUUUUCUUUUUUCAUCGGCAUACAUUUCACUGCUGUAAGUUGGGGUUUGUUUGUUAAACGACGGCCACAGUUUUAAAGACUAGCUUUGGGAUAUGAAUAGGGCUUUUGAUUGAGUAUGAUCUGUGUGUGCGUGCUUUUUCUGGUGUCUACAAAAACUUGAGGGGUGGAGAGAGGGCAAUGUGGAUGGCAAACACUCUUGCCUUGUUUGCGCACACUUGGUUUUAACAGAUAUUAGGACUAUUCUACAUUUUCUUACAUGCAUUCAAGAAUAUUUAAAUGUGUAUGUGUUUAUCCAAAUGAAGUACACGCAGGGGACAACUUCCUGUUUUCCAUCUCAGUGCAUUUACAUUUCUAGCAUACGCAAAAAGCAAGCAAAUGAAGUGGGGUUUUUUUGUUUUUCUUUCCCCUAAAACUUCCACUAAGCAUGAACACGUAAGGGUGGAGCCUGCCUUGCCUGCAAUACAUUGGUAGCCAUACACCUGACACGGGCUCUGAAAAGCCCUCCAUUUUUUCUGAACUUCAACAGUGGUGUACUCAUAUUAUAUGUACCCAUGUUUAAUGAAAAAAAAAAUGAAAAGUGUAUUCCUGAAAUAUUCAAAGAUUGUACUAUAUUUCCAGCAUUACCAAGGUACCUGGAGUGGUUCAAGCUGAUUAGCAUUUAUGGUUUAUUAAUGGAACCGUAAUAUACACACAUGUAUGUAUAUUGGUAUGUAUCUAAGUUUUGUCUACCCCAACUUACAUUCCCACCAACAAAUGUUGCCAUUUUUUAAGUUCAAGGGAGCAAUGUACAAGCAGAGAAGUGUCUUAUUAUAAUAAAAUUAUACAGAGGAAAAAAAAAGUUAAAUAAACUUCUUUUGUUUUAAUGGA